GCGGGGCCCCACCACCUGUUCCCGGCAGCCAACGGGGAGUUCGCGGGGGCGGUCGGGGGGUGGAGCGAGCCUACAAAAGGCUGCGGGCGCGCGUGCCUCGGGACUCUCUCUGAGCGCGCUCUCGGGAGGCUCGAAGCGACGCGGACGAGUGCUAGAAGAUUCCGCUCUCGGAACAGCCAGGAACGAGGCGAUGCUGCGGGUGCGGUGUCUGCGCGGCGGGAGCCGUGGCGCAGAAGCGGUGCACUACAUCGGGUCUCGGCUUGGAAGAAACUUAACAGGAUGGGUGCAGCGAACUUUCCAGAGCACCCAGGCAGCUACAGCUUCCCCCCAGAACUCCUGUGCAGCUGACGACAAGGCCACUAACCCUCUGCCCAAGGACUGCCCUGUCUCUUCUUACAACGAAUGGGACCCCUUAGAGGAAGUGAUAGUGGGCAGAGCAGAAAACGCCUGUGUUCCACCAUUCACUGUGGAGGUGAAGGCCAACACAUAUGAAAAAUACUGGCCAUUUUACCAGAAGCAUGGAGGCCAUUAUUUUCCCAAAGAGCAUUUGCAAAAGGCCGUUGCUGAAAUUGAAGAAAUGUGCAAUAUUUUAAAACUGGAGGGAGUGACAGUAAGGAGGCCUGACCCUAUCGACUGGUCACUGAAGUAUAAAACUCCGGAUUUUGAGUCUACGGGUUUAUAUGGUGCGAUGCCUCGAGACAUCCUGCUGGUUGUGGGAAAUGAGAUUAUCGAGGCUCCCAUGGCGUGGCGCGCGCGCUUCUUUGAGUACCGUGCAUACCGGUCAAUCAUCAAAGACUACUUUCAGCGUGGCGCCAAGUGGACAACGGCUCCUAAGCCCACAAUGGCUGAUAAGCUUUAUGACCAAGAUUACCCCAUCGAUUCUGUGGCAGACAGACACAAAUUGGCUGCUCAGGGAAAAUUUGUGACGACUGAAUUCGAGCCCUGCUUUGAUGCUGCAGACUUCAUUCGAGCUGGAAGAGAUAUUUUUGUACAGAGAAGCCAGGUUACAAACUACCUGGGUAUUGAAUGGAUGCGUAGGCAUCUGGCGCCGGACUACAGAGUGCAUGUCAUCUCCUUUACAGAUCCCAAUCCCAUGCAUAUCGAUGCCACCUUCAAUAUCAUCGGACCUGGUCUUGUGCUCUCCAACCCUGACAGACCAUGUCACCAGAUUGAUCUUUUCAAGAAAGCAGGAUGGAACAUAGUUAUUCCUCCGUUACCAGUCAUCCCAGAUGAUCACCCACUCUGGAUGUCAUCCAAAUGGCUUUCCAUGAAUGUCUUAAUGCUAGAUGAAAAGCGUGUUAUGGUGGACGCCAAUGAAGUUCCAAUUCAAAAGAUGUUCGAAAAGCUGGGUAUCAGCACCGUUAAGGUUAACAUUCGUCACGCCAAUUCCCUAGGAGGUGGCUUCCACUGCUGGACCUGCGAUGUCCGCCGCCGAGGCACCCUGCAGUCCUACUUUGACUGACCAGGCCAGAUGGAGCUUAGUGGCUUGGUCUCAAACCAGGAAGCUUAGGGGCAAGGUUCAUUCUCCCGCUUUAAAAAGUGCAUGAACUUUAGUGCUUUAAACAAUCAUCCUUAACAGGGGUCUUAAGCCUGGUUUACUUUUGUUACUUUUCUUUGACAUCUUACUAUCUACUUCUAAAGUUAUUUACUACUUGGCUUCAAGUAUAAAAAUUUGAUGAAUGUACCAAGACAAAAAUUAGUCACUUGGGUAACUUGGCCACUAAUAUUUAACCAUCUACCUCUGUUUUUUAAUUUUUUUCCAAAAGGCAGCUUGAAAUGUUGUUCUAAUCUUAUUUUUUUUUUCCUGUUUGGUAGAGUUGUGAAUGUUGUAUAGCACUUCUUUUUUUCUAAAUGAGACAAAGACUUAGAA